CAAGUCUUUAGAAGCAUGACAGUUUGUGUGUGCAUGCACACUUGUGUGUCCACUUGUAGCAAACAACCCACUUGCUGAAGAACGUGAGAAAACAGCAGAUACUGAAGUGUCCAGUGCAGGGAUGGCUAUGGAAUGGGGACGAGCGUAUGAGACUCCGUCUGUCUCUGAGCUACAGGACUUCCUGUUGGCCAACCGCAUCCCAACAGGACACGUCAACCAUGUGUGGCCCAACCUCUACAUUGGCAAUGAGGUGGCGGCUCGAGACAAACCGCUGCUGUACCACAUGGGCAUCACACACAUCGUCAACGCAGCCAGCGGGCCCCCGCACGUCAACACUGGCCCCCGUUUCUAUAGGGAUAUGAACAUUGACUACUAUGGAGUGGAGGCGGACGACUCAAUAGAUUUCUGCUUGGCGCCGUUCUUCUACUCAACCGCUCGCUUCAUCAGAGCUGCACUGGGCAGAGGAGGAAAAGUGUUUGUGCACUGCUUGAUGGGGGUGAGUCGGUCAGCCACCCUGGUGUUGGCGUUCCUGAUGAUCUGUGAGGAUCUGACCCUGAGAGAGGCGGCUCGGACAGUCCGACAGCAUCGAGACAUCUGCCCCAACGCCGGCUUCCUCAACCAGCUCCGCCACCUGGACAUCAGCCUACAGCGCCAGCGGCAACACCAGCAGGAUUCCAUCCAGCGCCCAAAGUUCCGCUAACCUGCCCUGGGGUCAGAGGUCAUCGCCAACACACACAGGACUCACCCCUGCGCUGGAACUGAAAGGGUAGAUCCUAAACCCCAACACACACAGGACUCACCCCUGCGCUGGAACUGAAAGGGUAGAUCCUAAACCCCAACAGGGUUCCUAUGGGGUUAUACCCAGAAACAGGGUUUAUACCCAGAAAGGGUAGAUUCGAUGGGUAUGUGUGUGUGUGUGUGUGUGUGUGUGGUAGAUCCUAUGGGUUCUAACCCCAAUAGUGCUAUUCAAAAGCAGGAGACAUUGUGAAAUCGGGCUGUUUAAAAUACAGUCUAGUCUCAGCACUGUAAGUAGCUCACACUCAGGAUUGGGUUUGUGCAAUAAAAAUAGAUAAUAGAAGCAAAUAUUCAGAACAGAGUUUUCAAUUUCAUAUUUCUAUACACAUGUGAUCUAUCAAUCAGGUGGUCAUGUGACCUACUUGAUUUACCUGCUUUGAAAGAAACAAACAAACCGCCAUUUAUGAGGCCCAAUUAAAUAUGUUUCCUUCUUA